GCGAGAACGGAAACAGGAACUGUAAAGCAACCCGUGACCUCCUAGCAGAACCCGGAAGUGUGGCGCUUCUCUUUGUUCUUGGGCGAACCCCGCGAAAGAUCGGUAGUCUGCGAGUUCAGGCGGGAGCAUGCUGACUCGGCUGAAAGCAAAAUCAGACGGGAAGCUCGCAAAACAGCUCUGCAGAGUUGUGUUGGACCAGUUUGACAAACAGUAUUCCAAAGAAUUUGGGGAUUCCUGGAGAACAGUAAGGGAUGUUCUAGUAUCUCCAUCACUGUGGCAAUAUGCGGUCCUCUUCAACCGAUUCAAUUAUCCCUUUGAGCUGGAAAAGGACUUACACUUGAGGGGCUAUCACACAAUCCCUCCAGGGUCCUUACCAUAUUAUCCUAAAUCAAUGAAGUGUUACCUCAGCCGAUCUCCAGAUCGAAUGCCUUCAGAGCGACAUCAGACUGGAAGCUUGAAGAGAUACUACCUCCUCAACGCUGCCUCUCUUCUCCCAGUACUGGCUCUGGAGCUGAGUGACGGGGAGACGGUUCUGGACUUGUGUGCUGCUCCUGGAGGCAAAUCAGUAGCCCUGCUGCAGUGUGCUUCCCCAGGUUAUCUUCUUUGUAACGAAUAUGAUCGUCUGAGAGUGGGAUGGCUGCGACAGACGUUGGAAUCUUUCAUCCCACAGCCUUUGAUAAAUGUAAUUAAAGUGUCUGAAUCGGAUGGCAGAGAAAUGGGAGAUGCCCAGCCUGAAACGUUUGACAAGGUGUUAGUUGAUGCUCCAUGUUCAAAUGAUCGAAGCUGGCUGUUCUCAUCUGACUCUCAGAAGGCUGCCUAUAGGAUCCAGCAAAGGAGCAAUUUGCCUCUCCUACAGGUAGACCUCUUAAGGUCUGCAAUUAAGGCCUUACGGCCUGGAGGGCUACUCGUGUACUCCACAUGCACGCUUUCCAAGGCUGAAAAUCAGGAUGUCAUCAGUGAGAUCUUAACUUCCAACAGUACCAUCGUGCCUGUGGAUAUUAGUGGAAUAGCAAGGACUUGCUCCCAAGAUUUCACAUUUGCUCCCACUAACCAGAAAUGCAGUCUUUUGGUGAUUCCAGAAAAGGGCAAAGCUUGGGGCCCAAUGUUUAUAGCCAAGCUGAAAAAAAUCGUGAGUACAGGAAAAUGGUGACAUAACUUUGUAAGCCAUAUUGAUGUGUUAUUAUAUGCAUAUUAUUUGAGCACACUAUGUGUUAGUCCUUAAAUAAUUACAGAGCCACUUUGCCUAGGACCAUUUGGAAUCCUGUUUAGUUAGUACUUCAGCGUGCAGAGCAUAGGCUUAAGAAAUUUUCAGGUCCAGUUUUGUUCCUCGAAAUAUAUCUACAGUGAUGUGUGAAGUGGGGCAGAUGGUGUUGGCUCUGUGUAAUCAAAUUCUUGUUUUUACUUGGUAAAUGAGUUAGAAUACAUGGUUCUGUGCAUAAAAUGAAAUAAAUAAAAUGCUUAGGACUGAAUCCUAUGACAUAGGUAUUUUAAACAUUUCCUUUAAAAUGGAUCUGCCAACACUCAUUACCAUUUCCUCCUCAAAUGUGCAGAUUCGUUCUGCAAGAGCAAUUGGUAUUCCAAAGCUAGCUCCUUAAACAGCACAAUUUCUAGUCGUAGGAAAAUAGGUUUCUUAUUUGCAAAGUUGUUGUGCUAAGGACUCUCUUCUGUUUACUGCAAAGGUCAGUGACUCCAUUGACACCAACUUCUUCAUCCCUCCCAUUUGUUUUUAUCCAGAAAUACAAACUGAAAGGGUAAGUUAUGUUGAAAGGCCUUUUAGUGCAGCAGAGUCACAAGCACGUGCUUGACUUUCGACAUUCAGCCUGUGAAAUAAUGCAGUCUAUCCAGCAGGCUAUAAAGCAAGCACUUGAAACACAACCAGGAUGAUUAAUAACGGCAAUAACUGAACUAUAUUUGGAGUGUUUUGUUACAUAAUUGCAGUCAUAAUGAGUACUACGGAAUCUGAUUAUCUUACAGUUGCAAUCUGAAGGGGCUUUUUAUUUCACUAGGUUAUAAAAUGUUAUAUGAGAGUGUGAUGUCACAUAUUAAUGCACAAGAGAGAGCCUGAGGAGAGUCAGUUAUCUAUUUCCAGGACCCCAAACCAUUCACUGAGUGACUCUUUCUGUUUACACGUACCCCACGAGUCUUGUGCAUAUGUCUAUAUGUAUGCUUAGGGUUUUAGAAUCAAUUUUCAAUCAUGAACUUUUCUUUAAAAAUUGCUUUACUUGGAUCCAAACAUAUUUUUCCAACUAUUAAUAAAAAUCAUGCUGGCAGACAUGGUAAUGCAUUUGGGAGACUGAGGCAGAAACCAAGUUCAAAUCCAGCCAGAGGUAGGUGCAUAGCAAGACCUUCUUUAAGAAAGAGGUUGGUAGGGAGAAUAAAGGAAGGGAGGGAAAGAGGGAAAGAUAGAGAGCAUGAAAGAAAAUUACAAAGCAUACUUCAAAUUAGAAAUUAGGUUUUUCAAAUUUUUUUAAAGAUUUAUUUAUUAUUAUUUUAUUUUAUAUAUAUGAAUGUCUUGCCUGCAUGUAUGUCUGUGUACCAUGUGAAUGCCUGUUGCCUGAGGAAGUUAGAAGAGGGCUUGGGCUCCCCUGGAACUGGAGAUAUAGACGGCUGUGAACCACCAUGUAGGUGCUGGGAAUCUAACUCUGAUCUUCUGCAAGAACAACACGUACUCUUAACCAUGAAGCCAUGGCUCAAGCCAGAAAUUAGCUAGGGAACACACAAUUCCACGGCAGCAGAGUGGUAUUGUCUGUCUGUUCUGUCCUCUAAGGUAUCCAGUACACACUUUUUGUUUUGCAAGCCUGUGUCACUGCACUCAAGUUGAGGGAAAUGUUGUUUUCUACAGGAUUCUAAAGUAUAUGUGACCAGUGUGUUUAAAGUAAAAGUUCAUCUGCUGAGCCCAGCAACUGUAUUCAGUUACUAUGGAAGAUUAAUGACAAAACACUGUUCUGUUUAUUUUAGUUUGACUUACUGGUUUGUUUUUCUGUUUGAAAUCCUGCCUUUGGAUUCUCUAGUUUUAAAAGUGCAUUUUCUUUGUGUUAUUUAACCACAGUGUACAUUUUCACAGCACAAAAUGUCAUUAUUUUUCCUGUACAAUGUCAUGAAGCUUCGGUUGAACACAAAGUGUGAUACUCAACUUGACUUUCU